GCUAAGCUGCGUGCGGGCGUAAAUUUCUUUGUAACCCAACGCGUUUACGUUUGUUUUGUUUUUUAUAUAAUUUGAGCGCUGUCUUUUGUAUUGCACACUUUUUAAAGCUGUAACUUCGAGUAGGACAAGAUGAGUGCUGCGCCCAGCGAGCCAUCCAUGCCACAGGAGAUUAAUGUGGGCAGCGAAGCUUACCACAGCAUAGCUGCCACAGCUGAAGAUCAGAAUGUCAUAGUUUCCCCACUGCUGCUCGAGGCGACGCUAGCGUUGCUCUACUUAGGCUCCGAUGGUGCCACCGCCGAGGAGCUGCAAGGGCUGCUUAAGCUGAAGCAGCGCUUUGCCAGCAAUGCCAAAAUGGCCAACUACUAUGCCAACGAGUUGAGUGCGGCAACUGGCGAUGCCGACACACGCAUACAAUUGCAGAGUCGUUUGCUCAUACAGGGCGACGGCAAAGCUGGUGCAAGCAUUGCGGAGGAUUUUCAGAAAAUAGCGCAGACAUAUUUCCAUGCCACAGCCGAGUGCCAGGAUUUGCAGCAGCAGGAGAAGCUGCGCCAAUACAUCUGUGAACACAUUUUGCCCAGCGUAGGCGGUGGCAAGUGGCAGCAACUGGAGUUGCCACAGCUCAGCAAUCAGACAUCGCAACUGCUGUUGCUGCUGGCGGCACAACUGCACAGCAAAUGGUUUCUGCCUUUUAGUGCCUACCGCACAGGCCUCUAUGAGUUCCAUGGCCAAGAUGCCGCUGCCGCUGCUGCCGCGCCCAAAGCUGUUCCCAUGCUCUUUGACGAUGACAUGUUUGUCAAAUACGCCGAGUUGCGCGAACUCGAUGCACGCGCCAUUGAGCUGCCCUAUGAGCAUGUCGAUGAGCUGGCCAUGCUACUAAUACUGCCCAAUCAGCGUGAUGCCAACGCUCUGCGUCAGCUGGAAGCUCAAUUGCGUCAAGUGGACUUGGCUGCAUUGCAGCAGGGCAUGAAAAUGGAAAGCGUACAGGUGCUGGUGCCAAAGUUUAGCAUUGACUUUGAGUGCAGUCUGCGGCAGGCAAUCCAAGGGCUGGGCUUGGAGCACAUUUUUAAUAGCUCUGCAAACUUCAAGCAUUUGUAUCCUGGCAGCAGUUUACCCAUUGUGGAUAUAUUGCAAAAGCUGCGCAUUGAAUUAAACGAAACGGGUUCAAGUUCAGCUACUAGCGCCGCUCCAGCAACAACAGCCUACAAGCCCAUUGUGAUUAGCAACUCGCGUCAAAAGUUCUUCCGAGCGGACCAUCCAUUCUUCUUUGCCAUACGCGGUGAGCAGUCAACGCUUUUCUUGGGGCACGUGGUUAGCUGUUAGUUAUAAGUCGAAAGCUAUUUUUUAUAACAAGAGUCUUGAGUUUAUUCAAAGAUAUA